CACGCGCAUUGUCAGCUAAAGCGUUCGGUGGACAUUGAGCAUGCGUACCAUAUCUGAAGUUCGUAAAUUGAAAUUGAACAUGCGUAAUUAAUCUUUCUGAAUAGGAAAAAAUAUAUACACAACAAAAACUCCCCGUUUAUGGAACAUGCGCAUUCGUUCUCAGGUGUUUCGUGUUGACAGUGAGCAUGCGCAUGGUGAGUAGGUUGGUCCGAAGUUUGAACGGGACAGAAGUGCUUGUCCGCAUCUGGCGGUUGUUUUUAGAGGUAAUACACCUAGUUUGUGGCUCAGCAUGUCAAUUGUAACAGUGCAACUUGGUCAGUGUGGCAAUCAGAUUGGUUUUGAAGUUUUUGAUGCUUUGCUUAGUGACUCACACAGUUCCCAGGGACUCUGCUGUAAGAGAGAGAAUGAGGCAUAUCAAGCAUCUUGCAAAGAGAGAUUCUUCAGUGAGGAGGAGAAUGGAGUUCCAAUUGCCCGGGCUGUUCUUGUUGACAUGGAACCCAAAGUUAUCAAUCAAACACUGUCAAAGGCUGCCCAGUCUGGCCGAUGGAAAUAUGGUCAGCAUGCAUGCUUCUGUCAAAAACAAGGUUCUGGAAACAACUGGGCAUAUGGUUACUCUGUUCAUGGACCCAGGCAUGAAGAAUCUAUAAUGGACCUAAUCCGGAAGGAAGUGGAGAAAUGUGACUCUUUCAGUGGUUUUUUCAUCAUAAUGAGUAUGGCUGGGGGCACAGGAUCAGGAAUAGGAGCUUUUGUUACACAGAAUUUACAAGAUCAGUACUCAAACUCAUUGAAAAUGAAUCAGAUUAUUUGGCCUUAUGGAACUGGUGAGGUUAUUGUUCAAAACUACAACUCCAUUUUGACACUUUCUCACUUGUACCGAUCUUCAGACGCCCUCCUUGUUCAUGAGAAUGAUGCCGUCCAUAAGAUCUGUGCAAAACUGAUGAAUAUCAAGCAGAUCUCCUUUAGUGAUAUCAAUCAAGUCCUCGCACAUCAGCUGGGAAGUGUGUUCCAGCCUACUUAUUCUGCAGAAAGCUCAUUUCACUACAGACGAAAUCCACUAGGAGACUUAAUGGAGCAUUUAGUUCCCCAUCCUGAAUUCAAGAUGCUGAGUAUUCGUAACGUGCCUCACAUGUCUGAGAAUUCAUUGGCAUACAGCACAUUUACUUGGGCUGGCCUGCUCAAGCAUUUGAGACAGAUGCUCAUUUCUAAUGCAAAGAUGGAAGAAGGUAUUGAUUGGCAUGUGCGGCCUCCUUUAUCAGGACUUCCUUCUCUUGGUAAAAUGUCUCUCAACAAGGACCUGCAUUUUAACACUUCCAUUGCUAACUUGGUCAUUCUUCGUGGGAAAGAUGUGCAAAGUGCAGAUGUGGAGGGAUUUAAAGAUCCAGCUCUCUACACUUCCUGGUUAGAACCUGUUAAUGCUUUCAACGUGUGGAAAACCCAGCGGGCCUUUAGCAAGUAUGAGAAGUCUGCAGUGUUGGUCAGCAAUAGCCAGUUCUUAGUAAAACCACUUGAUAUGAUUGUCGGGAAGGCAUGGAAUAUGUUUGCUUCAAAAGCCUACAUUCAUCAGUACACAAAAUUUGGAAUUGAAGAGGAGGACUUUUUAGACAGUUUCACGUCAUUAGAGCAGGUUGUUGCCAGUUACUGUAACCUCUGAUCUUGAACAAUGGGAAAAGUACCUUAGGGCAUUUUUGGACUAAAAUAUUUUCAAUACUAUUUUCUCUGUAAAGUUUUCAAAGUUCCAUUCUGUUAAAGUAACCACGUAGAAUGCUGAGUCUGUUCUGCAUAUUAUGCCCACAGAAAAGGAAGAAAACUUUUUAAAUGGAGAAUCGCAUGUUUUUCAAUGAAAACAUCCACUUGGUAUUUCAUUUGUAAGAAAAAAAUGGUGCUUUUCUAAAGAACUUUGGGGAAACAAUUUGCUGAGAUGUUGGGACUCUGGAACUAGCCAAGAAAAGAGAAUAUUCUCUACAUGUUCCUAAAUCUUCCUUCUUUACUCCAAAAACAACUCACAAAGCAUGAACCAAACUUUCACAGCAUAAUUUCAAGCUAAGGAAUUGUAAUUCUGUACUUAAUAUAUUCAUGUUUGAAAUGAAUGCUUUGAACCACAGGAGGGAGAUGUUGUCAAAUGCUACAGUGUGAACAUGUAUUUUGAAUAUUCUGUAACAGGGUAAGAGUUUCCACUCAAAGCAGCUAUUUAAAAAUAAAUAUGAGGAUUUUGGUAAUAAAUGCUUAUGCCUAACUACAAAAGCAAA